AUGUCGAACAAAAACACUACUAACAGCUCCACCAGUGUCAGCGACAUCCUACGCACCAUAGACCACUCCCUCGCGGACACCAAAACCGCACUCCAUCUCCUGAUCGACGACCUGGUGCAGAAGGCGGUCGCCGAGACGGAGAAGCGGAUCCGCGACCACUACCGCAAGUCGAAGAUUUCGUUCCCGGACAGCAACGACGUCGAACUCGUGCUCCAGGAUCACGUGAACGGGAAGCGGGUGAAGCUGUUUGCGCCCUGGGAGUGUGAGGUGGGGGAGGUUGUGAGGGCUUGUAGUGAUGUUCUUUUGGAUGAGAAGGUGCAUGAAAAGUUUUCGUCGACUGAUGGUGUUGUUGUGGAAGUGCGUGGGUGGCGGGUUGGGGUGGAGAGGAGGAUUGAGGAGUUGGGUGUUGAGAGCGGCGACGUGCUGGAGGUGUUCAAAUCUGAGCAGGAGAAGGGACAGUGA